AUUCUGUGGGGUAAUGCUCGGCUGAUUUUCCUUGUGUUAAAAUGAAUGAUUUUAGGUGUUAUUUUCUCAGUUGUUCUUGGCUCUGCUAUGCAAUUUUUGAUUCCUCAAGUGUAUGAAAUUGGAAGCAUUCGAUGGUGUAGUUAAGAAACCCUGAUAUUCCUGAUGAGCAUGGUUUAAUGGCAGUGGAAUUUCCACAGGUUUCUUGCAGUUUCGCCGAGUCUUCAAACUGAGCUUUUAAUUCAGCUCAUUGAUUGGGCCACCAAACAUGAGAGAUCAAACCAGGUAUUAAUUCAGGCCAUUCUUCCUGAACGCCGAAAUAGAGAAUUUAAUUUUCUUGUUUUUGGGUUAGAAGAAGAAUACCUGCAUCGGUGGUUAUUGAAGUCAAUUUCAGCAUCCUUUCCUUUUGGUUUUGAAUGGAUAAGCGUAGUUUCGGUGAGAGCAAUGAUCUUGUAUGCAGUUUGCCCAAAGAUUGGUUAAAUUUGUGGCCUCCCUCAUCUUCAGGGGGUGUAGGCUAUCCAUUUCAUUGUCUGGAUUCUCAAAAUUCAUUGGCUUUAUUUGAUACCCAAGAUCGUUAUGACCGUCCUCUCUCUCCCCCAUUGAUGAGGUCUAGAGACUGGUCAAAUAUGCCGUUCUCCUGGUCAUGCCCUUCUGCCAGGCAGGAUAAUCUUAAAACCACUCUUAUAUCUCAUCUCGAUGACAUCUUUGACAAUAUAAAGAAGAAUGACCACCUAGACGAGGAUCAAUCAGAUUGUUUCCAUAUGAUCCAAACGCCAGAUGUUACAGAAACGAGCGAUGCCCCGUCUUGUGAUGGGAUCUGUGGACUAACCUUGUGCACGGGCAACCAAUGUGACAAUUUCACUAGUAAUGUAUGCUUUGGCGAUCAAGCGACCAAGCUGCCACUGUUAUUCACAGACAGUGAUCAAGUUGAUGUAGGUAUUCAUCUAUCAGCUGGGAAUGGCUGCAAUAAACAUAUGAAUGGAAGCCAUCAAGUUCUAACAGAAGAUAUUCCCUUGAAUUUUCAAGAACUACUGCACCAAGAUGUAGACUCAGACGACUCCUAUCCUUUGUAUGAUGGAUAUAUAUAUUCCAAUGAGUGUUUACAAGUUAGAGUGGGGCCUAUCCUUCCUGGUAUCCAUGAAUUUCCUUUGCAAGGUUCCUUGGAGAGCUCCAUGAUGGUUUCUGGACCAGAAAAUAACUACUGGGGAUUCACAUGCCCAAGUUGUCAGAGUAUCACCAACAACAACCAUCAGGAAAAGUUAAAAAUGAAUUGCAAGGUGCCUCACAAUCAACUGCAGGCAUCCAUUCAGUUCUCUGAGUUGUCUUCUGAAGGAACCACUGAUGACUGGUGUAGUCCUGUCCAAGAUGAUUUUUCGACUGACACUGCUAUUUUUCAAGAUCAGGGCAGUUUGACAGAAGAUUGCCUCGUACCAAGAAGUAAAAUGUCCUCUUAUACUUUGUAUGAAAACACAGGAAGUGUUUCUAUACCACAGGUCACAGAAGGUCUGAUAGACAGUGAGAAUAUAUGUGGGAAAGGAAAGUGUGCUUGCUUACCGUGUAGUAUUCAUGCAACAAUUGGUCAUGAUGAUUGUUCUCAGUUUGAUAGUGUAGAUUGGUGGUGUCAAAGAAAAAUUGAUGAAAAAGUUUCUAUAGCUUCAAAUUCAGCAGGACAUACUUCAUGUAUUGGUUUUGAUUAUUCACAGAAAAUGUAUACGCAAGAGAAGAACAGAGCUGAGGAUAUUUCAGCUGCUAGAAAAUUGAUGGUUGCCCAGAGUUCUGCUGCAAACUCCAAGCACUGUUUAAUGAACCCAGAACCAGUAAAAAGUGGAUUAGAUCAGCUGGAUUCUGUCACAGAUUGUCACAACCUUGUAGAAAACAUUUGGAACUCUUCUCUCAUGCUGUUAGACAGUCAUUCAUCUGAAUCAGAUAGAUUGGCAGAGCCCGAUGUUGAAAUGUUGCUUUCUGUCAUUCACAGUCUUUCCAAUUAUCUUACAAGUAGAGCUGGAGUUUCUGCUAAGUGUAUCCAAGCUGCUGCUCAGCCUGAUAAAUCUCAUUUUGGUGACGAUUCAAGUAUCAGCAAAAAGGUUUCCAAGUUGGCUGAAUGCUAUUAUAGGGAAAUUGAUGCUGCAGAUUAUGAAACACAAGUGUCAAAGUCAUCUGACAUAUGUUCUGCAUUGAGAGGCAUUAAUGUUGGAGAAGGUGGUCCAUAUAUGAGUGAAAUUUUUGCAGAAUCUGACCAGAUGCGAGGGACUUACUACAAAAAAGCAAAGCUCUCUGAUCUGGAAAAGGAGAGAGAGUCGAAAAGGGCAGUCUCUGAAUUGCAGGCACUCGUCAAGAAGUUGAGAGAUGACUUUGAGUUUGAAAUCAAGGAAAGGGAUGCUGCAAUUAUUCUUUACAAGGAUUUGUGGAGUGAAGCUCAUGCAACACUGUCUACCACAAUGAGUGAAAUGGAGCACAUUAAAACAGAGGUUGAGGCACUAAAGAAAAAACAGUUUAACACAGAUGCACAUGUUCUAGAUGUUAUAGGAGGAGGAACAUGCAAGAUCAGAGAGAGGACAGGCUUGGAAACUUGUCUUGAGGAAAAUUCGAAUAAAAAAGAAAAUGUUAUGGACCAUUCUGCAAUUUAUCAGGGAAAAUAUCACAAGGAACCUGAUAUGAUUACAAGCUUGAUCUCUCCAACAGAUAUUGUUUCUAAAGCAUAUGAUGAAAGGGCCUUUUGGGAGAGAGCAUCUGUUCUGAUUUUUCGUGAGGAAGGUCUCACAGAAACUUAUAACGUUGAGGAAAAAACAAGCUCUAUAUGUUCUGUGGAGGAUGAUUUGAAUCCAGAAAGAAAUGUCAUGGACCAGGCAGCAAUGUACCAGGGAAAAGAUCAUAAGGAAACUGAUAUGAAUACAAGCUUGGUCCCUCCAACAGAUAUCGUUUCUAAAGCAUAUGAUGAAAGGGCCUUCUGGGAAAGAGCAGCUGUUCUGAUUUCUCGUGAGGAAGGUCUUAGGGAAAUUUAUAAGAUCGAGGAAAAAACAAGCUCUAUAUAUCAUGUGGAGGAUGAUUUGAAUCCACAAAGAAAUGUCAUGGACCAGGCUGCAAUGUACCGGGGAAAAGAUCAUAAGGAACUUGAUAUGAAUACAAGCUUGAUCCUUCCAACAGAUACCGUUUCUAAAGCAUAUGAUGAAAGGGCCUUCUGGGAAAGAGCAGCUGUUUUGAUUUCUUGUGAUGGUGGUCUUAGGGAAAAUUAUAAGAUCAAGGAAAAAACAAGCUCUCUAUGUCCUGUGGAGGAUGAUUUGAAUCCAGAAAGAAAUGUAACGGACCAGGCUGCAAUGUACCAGGGAAAAGAUCAUAAGGAACCUGAUAUGAAUACAAGUUUGAUCUCUCCAACAGAUAUCAUUUCUAAAGCAUAUGAUGAAAGGACCUUUCGGGAACGAGCAGCUGUUCUGAUUUCUCGUGAGGAAGGUCUUAAGGAAAAAACAAGCUAUAUAUGUCCUGUGGAGGAUGAUUUGAAUCCAGAAAGCAGUACCAUGGAACAGGCUGCAAUGCUACCUUCUUUCAGAAAAGAUUGUGAGGAGUCUCAAACAAAGACAAACUUGAAUUCUCUAAUCAAUGUUACAUCGCAAGUACAUUGUGAAGAUAGCUAUUGGGAACGGGCAGCUAGUUUGUUUUCUUGUGAACAAAGUCUUGGAAUAUCUGAAAUAAGCAGAAAUGGAUAUUAUUUUGACAAUGAUAUACAGGAGGUAAAUCCUGAAAUAGAAGAUAUUAAUAGAAGAUUUAAAGUUUUAGAAGAAUAUAAACAAUCAGAUAUGAUGGGAAGAGAUUCCGGGAAGCAAGUUGGGGAGGCCAAUUCUGAUGUUUCUGUCUCAUUGAACAACUCUCUUCAUCUAGAGGAGAUUAUAGCUGAUGAUCUGAAUCCGGAAAGUUGCAAGUCUAAUCAAGUCCUUUACCGGGCUAGACAAGGGGAAGGGACCUUUCAGGAACGAGCAAGUCUGCUGCUUUCUCGGGAGAAAAUUCAGAGAGAAAGUGUAACUUCUGAGACCAGUGGCAAAGCAAGCUCUGAAUGUUCUAUAAAAAAUAAUUUAUACCCAAAAUUAAAUGUCACAGACCAAACAACAAUACUUUCUCAUCAAAACGUUUCUGAGAGUCCUGUGACAAACAAAAACAUGAAUUGUCUAAGGAAUGUUAUACCUCAAGAACACAAUGAAGUAUGGAAACAGGCAGCCAUUAUGUUUUCUUCACAGGAAUGUCAUGGAGAAUCUGAUAGAAGCAGGAAUUUGAUUAUGUGCAAUCAAGAUACAAUGGAAAGGGAAAAAAUUCUUUGCAGAUUCAAAGUUCUACAAGAGUGCAGUCAUUAUUCAAAUAUAACAGUAAGAGAUUCUUGCAAGCAAUUUGGCGAGGCCAAUUUUCAAGAGUCUGGUUCAUGUAACUGUUCUCAUGUAGAGGAGAAUGUUAGCAAUGAUUUGAAUACAGAAAGUUAUAAGUCUAAUCAAGAUAAUAGCCAAGCCAUACAGGGUGGAGGACUUGCCAGCCAGAAUGUAUAUCCAAACACAGAUGAAGUUCAAGAACGCAUUGCUGUUCUUUAUCACAGGGAAGCUUCAGGGGGUGAAAUGGAAAACUCUCAAACUGUAGUGAUGUCCAACUAUUUUGAGAAACAGGCAUCAUGUAUGCUUGCAUCAGAAGACAUUCAUGAUAUUGUAAGCUCUGCUUAUGGUACUGAAUAUUUUUCCAAUUCACAUUUAGGACUAAAAACUUAUAUGACAUUUGGCAGGGAGGAGUUUCCAUGCAUUGUUCCUGCAACAGAAUCUUCCUCCCAAGAAAGUACACUAAUCAGAAAUCCAAGUAUCCUGUCUCGAUCAGAAUCAUUCAGUUUGAUUUCAGUACCUGAUGUUUCAAUUGACAGCCAAUCAAUAAAUUUUGUUCAACCAAUAUCCAAUCCAUACGGUGAUCUUAACGAUACUUUUACUGCUGAAUAUUCUGGUAUAGCAAGUGAAAUUGGCAAUGACUUUAUAAUGGAUGGCCAUAAUCAAAUGUCGUCUGCUGGCUCCUCUUCAAUGCCAAAACUAGACUUAGACAAAAAGGAUAUCAUUGGAAUGCAGAACCAAAAUUGCAGCAAUCUUUCUAGAGAUAGUGCAGAUGCUAAAUGUCUCAGUCAGGAGCUUGGUUGCAUUUCAGAAUGCCAACAUGACUUUGGUCAGGAUACAUUUUGCUGUGAGAUGGAAAGUUCAAGCACAGAUUCAGAGUCUAGUUGGCAAUAUGUAGAAGAGGAGGAAGUUACUUCAUUUCAGUGUUGACUAUUCAAUUUGCCUGUGUUGGAACUUGGUCCCACACAAGAGGUCCAUAGAGUCAAAUCAAAUGGUUUUUCUUUUCAGUGUGACGAAGAAAAACGUAUAUUUAUACUGUAGAUACAAUGGAGGAAAACAAUGGUGUACACACCUUAGCAUUCAGUAUUUUUUAGUUUCUGUGUCCAAUAUUGAAAGUAGGUGAGACAAUCAUUUGGAGAAAUUUAUAACAUCAAAAUCUCAAACAAAUGUUAUACCCUUUCAUUCACUUUUAAGGUCUUUUUCUGUGACAAACUAAUAGUCCCACAUUACCUGCUUCUAUAGCUGCUACUAAAUUCUUUCUUCUAGUAGAAAUAUAAUCUAUGAAUGUUUUGUAAACUAAGAUUAAGGGGGCUUGCUUUUUUAUUUGAGGAGACCUUUUAUA